AUGCUGUUCUCUCUGUCUACGGUCACGGUUUUAGUCCCCGUCCUGUCCUUACUGGGCCUCCUGUACUCCUCAAGCGUCGAUGAAAACUUCCCACAGGGCUGCACAGACACCACCAGCGUGUGUUUUUUUAGUCUGUUGUUGCCCGUCACUAUUCCUGUGUACGUCUUUUUCCAUCUGUGGAAAUGGAUGGGAAUCAAGCUGUUCCGGCACAACUGAGAGAUGUAAAUAAAGUUUUCUUUAGACA